AUGACCAUUGAUCAGGGUCUGACGGUGGGAACGUAUCAGGGGUCUGGCGUUGUGAACGUAUCAGGGUCUGGCGGUGUGAACGUAUCAGGGUCUGACGGUGGGAACGUAUCAGGUUCUGGCGGUGGGAACGUAUCAGGGUCUGACGGUGGGAACGUAUCAGGGUCUGCCGGUGUGAACGUAUCAGGGUCUGCCGGGUCUGGCGUUGAGAACGUAUCAGGGUCUGGCGGUGUGAACGUAUCAGGGUCUGUCGGGUCUGGCAUUGUGAACGUAUCAGGGUCUGGCAUUGUGAACGUAUCAGGGUCUGGCGUUGUGAACAUAUCAGGGUCUGGAGGUGUGAACGUAUCAGGGUCUGGCGUUGUGAACGUAUCAGGGUCUGACGGUGGGAACAUAUCAGGGUCUGGCGUUGUGAACGUAUCAGGGUCUGACAGUGUGAACGUAUCAGGGUCUGCCGGUGGGAACGUAUCAGGGUCUGGCGGGUCUGCCGGUGUGAACGUAUCAGGGUCUGACGGUGUGAACGUAUCAGGGUCUGGCAAUGUGUACGUAUCAGGGUCUGGCAAUGUGUACGUAUCAGGGUCUGGCGUUGUGAACGUAUCAGGGUCUGGCUUUGUGAACGUAUCAGGGUCUGACGGUGUGAACGUAUCAGGGUCUGGCGGUGUGAACGUAUCAGGGUCUGACGGUGUGAACGUAUCAGGGUCUGGCAAUGUGUACGUAUCAGGGUCUGGCAAUGUGUACGUAUCAGGGUCUGACGGUGUGAACGUAUCAGGGUCUGCCGGUGGGAACGUAUCAGGGUCUGACGGUGUGAACGUAUCAGGGUCUGCCGGGUCUGGCGUUGUGAACGUAUCAGGGUCUGGCGGUGUGAACGUAUCAGGGUCUGACGGUGGGAACGUAUCAGGUUCUGGCGGUGGGAACGUAUCAGGGUCUGACGGUGGGAACGUAUCAGGGUCUGCCGGUGUGAACGUAUCAGGGUCUGCCGGUGUGAACGUAUCAGGGUCUGGCGUUGUGAACGUAUCAGGGUCGGGCGUUGUGAAUGUAUCAGGGUCUGACGGUGGGAACGUAUCAGGGUCUGACAGUGGGAACGUAUCAGGGUCUGACGGUGGGAACGUAUCAGGGUCUGCCGGGUCUGACGGUGUGAACGUAUCAGGGUCUGACGGUGGGAACAUAUCAGGGUCUGGCGGUAUGAACGUAUCAGGGUCUGGCGUUGAGAACGUAUCAGGGUCUGGCGGGUCUGGCAUUGUGAACGUAUCAGGGUCUGGCAUUGUGAACGUAUCAGGGUCUGGCGUUGUGAACAUAUCAGGGUCUGGAGGUGUGAACGUAUCAGGGUCUGGCGUUGUGAACGUAUCAGGGUCUGACGGUGGGAACAUAUCAGGGUCUGGCGUUGUGAACGUAUCAGGGUCUGACAGUGUGAACGUAUCAGGGUCUGCCGGUGGGAACGUAUCAGGGUCUGGCGGGUCUGCCGGUGUGAACGUAUCAGGGUCUGACGGUGUGAACGUAUCAGGGUCUGGCAAUGUGUACGAUCAGGGUCUGGCAAUGUGGUCUGGCGUUGUGAACGUAUCAGGGUCUGGCGGUGUGAACGUAUCAGGGUCUGACGGUGGGAACGUAUCAGGUUCUGGCGGUGGGAACGUAUCAGGGUCUGACGGUGGGAACGUAUCAGGGUCUGCCGGUGUGAACGUAUCAGGGUCUGCCGGUGUGAACGUAUCAGGGUCUGGCGUUGUGAACGUAUCAGGGUCGGGCGUUGUGAAUGUAUCAGGGUCUGACGGUGGGAACGUAUCAGGGUCUGACGGUGGGAACGUAUCAGGGUCUGACGGUGGGAACGUAUCAGGGUCUGCCGGUGUGAACGUAUCAGGGUCUGGCGUUGUGAACGUAUCAGGGUCUGGCGGUGUGAACGUAUCAGGGUCUGGCGUUGUGAACGUAUCACGGUGUGAACGUAUCAGGGUCUGGCGGUGGGAACGUAUCAGGGUCUGGCGUUGUGAACGAUCAGAGUCUGGCGGUGGGAACGUAUCAGGGUCGGGCGUUGUGAACGUAUCAGGGUCUGACGGGUCUGGCGGUGGGAACGUAUCAGGGUCUGGCGUUGUGAACGUAUCAGGGUCUGACGUUGUGAACGUAUCAGGGUCUGGCAUUGUGAACGUAUCAGGGUCUGGCAUUGUGAACGUAUCAGGGUCUGGCGUUGUGAACAUAUCAGGGUCUGGAGGUGUGAACGUAUCAGGGUCUGGCGUUGUGAACGUAUCAGGGUCUGACGGUGGGAACAUAUCAGGGUCUGGCGUUGUGAACGUAUCAGGGUCUGACAGUGUGAACGUAUCAGGGUCUGCCGGUGGGAACGUAUCAGGGUCUGGCGGGUCUGACGGUGUGAACGUAUCAGGGUCUGGCAAUGUGUACGUAUCAGGGUCUGGCAAUGUGUACGUAUCAGGGUCUGGCGUUGUGAACGUAUCAGGGUCUGGCUUUGUGAACGUAUCAGGGUCUGACAGGUCUGGCGGUGGGAACGUAUCAGGGUCUGGCUUUGUGAACGUAUCAGGGUCUGACGGUGUGAACGUAUCAGGGUCUGGCGGGUCUGGCGUUGUGAACGUAUCAGGGUCUGGCGGUGUGAACGUAUCAGGGUCUGACGGUGGGAACGUAUCAGGUUCUGGCGGUGGGAACGUAUCAGGGUCUGACGGUGGGAACGUAUCAGGGUCUGCCGGUGUGAACGUAUCAGGGUCUGCCGGUGUGAACGUAUCAGGGUCUGGCGUUGUGAACGUAUCAGGGUCGGGCGUUGUGAAUGUAUCAGGGUCUGACGGUGGGAACGUAUCAGGGUCUGACGGUGGGAACGUAUCAGGGUCUGACGGUGGGAACGUAUCAGGGUCUGCCGGGUCUGACGGUGUGAACGUAUCAGGGUCUGGCGGUGGGAACGUAUCAGGGUCUGGCGUUGUGAACGUAUCAGAGUCUGGCGGUGGGAACGUAUCAGGGUCGGGCGUUGUGAACGUAUCAGGGUCUGACGGUGGGAACAUAUCAGGGUCUGGCGGUAUGAACGUAUCAGGGUCUGGCGUUGAGAACGUAUCAGGGUCUGGCGGUGUGAACGUAUCAGGGUCUGUCGGUGGGUACGUAUCAGGGUCUGGCGGUGGGAACGUAUCAGGGUCUGGCGUUGUGAACGUAUCAGGGUCUGACGUUGUGAACGUAUCAGGGUCUGGCAUUGUGAACGUAUCAGGGUCUGGCAUUGUGAACGUAUCAGGGUCUGGCGUUGUGAACAUAUCAGGGUCUGGAGGUGUGAACGUAUCAGGGUCUGGCGUUGUGAACGUAUCAGGGUCUGACGGUGGGAACAUAUCAGGGUCUGGCGUUGUGAACGUAUCAGGGUCUGACAGUGUGAACGUAUCAGGGUCUGCCGGUGGGAACGUAUCAGGGUCUGGCGGGUCUGCCGGUGUGAACGUAUCAGGGUCUGACGGUGUGAACGUAUCAGGGUCUGGCAAUGUGUACGUAUCAGGGUCUGGCAAUGUGUACGUAUCAGGGUCUGGCGUUGUGAACGUAUCAGGGUCUGGCUUUGUGAACGUAUCAGGGUCUGACAGUGUGAACGGUCUGGCGGUGGGAACGUAUCAGGGUCUGCCGGUGUGA